UCCCAUCCGCGACGACCGCGACGACGAGCACGUCGAGUCGAGACGAGAAGUAGCCGCACCUAGCUGCGUCAACCACUUCCGUGUCCGCGAUACCAGCGCGAGAGAGACGCCGACGUCAAUUGGUCGCAGCAACAGUCGCACUGUCACCACAUUGUCUCUCACCCUCAUUGCAUCCGCCCCUCGUCUCAACGCGUGGUCAUCCCGCGCCCACGCCCAUCAUGGCGAGCAACGCAUCCGGCCCAGCGGUCGACGCAGCCUCAUCGCCCGCCAACGGCAAUGCUCCGUCAUCCUCAUCGACGCCUGGGAUUCCCCCUCAGAUGCAAGCCAUGCUCGCCGGCAUGAACAAGGAAAAGCUCCAGCAGCUCGUCCAACGAAUGACUGUCCUCAAGCAGCAAGGCGAGAAUGAGAACACCAGUCAAGAGUACGCCAAGCUCCUCAAGUUGUUCCAGACCUUCUCGCGAUACCAGGCAAUGAAGCAGCAACAGCAACAGCAGGCGGUGGCGGCGGCUCAAGCUCAGCAGGCCGGCGCGACGGCGACACCGGCGGCGAGCUCCUCAUCAGCAUCCACAUCUCAGACGCAGACGAAUGGCAACGACGCCGCGACAGCCCCCGCAGAGACGGCCAACGGGUCAGCUUCAACCCCUGUCGCACCCACUGCUAGCUUCACGCCCGACCAGCUGGCAGCGCUCAAGGCCCAGAUCAUGGCGUACAAGCUCAUCUCGCGCAACAUGCCAGUGCCCGUGGACAUUCAAAAUGCCAUCUUUGGGCGGGUGACGGCAAUGGCCGAGUUGAGGAGCAAGAUGGGCCCGUACUCUGACAUGGGCGAAAGUGGUCGCGUCGCAGCAGCCGCCCUCGCCGUACACUCCGCAGGCGCAGACGGCAUCACUCGCCCUCCUUCCCCAUCCCACAAUCCAGAGAGCGAAAUUUACCCCUACAACUCGUUCCGCCAGCCAUGGUCGUACCUGUCCAAGCCAGGGCUGGGACCUCAACACGUCACCCUCGCCAAGCAACAGCGCAUGCUCAUUCCGAGCCUGCUUCCACGGGGCCUGGACCCUCAAUCCCUCUACGACGAGCGCAACCGCUUCAUCGAGGCGCGCAUCGAGCAGCGCCGAAGAGAGCUCGAAUCUCUGCCGUCCACCCUGCGCCAGGACAGCCCGGAGGACGACGUACUGACGGAAGAGACGCUCGAGCACGACUCCGCGAAGCUGCGAGCUUUGAUCGAGCUCAAGUCGCUGGAUCUGCGUCACCUUCAGCGCUCUACACGCGAGAAGCUCGUCCACGGCUUCACGUACACCACAUCGCUGGGCAUGGAUCGCACAGGGUACCGUCGCUGGAAGAAGACUACCGUGCGAGACGCGCGAAAGACGGAGCUGAUGGAGCGCGAACAGCGCCAGGUGCGUGAGCGACAAGCCAAGCAAGGUCAAGUCGACUACCUGCUGGAAAUCUGCAAUCACGGCAAAGAGCUGCAAAAGGCGCACGCCUCCGCGUACGCCCACGCACAACGCAUGGGCAAAGCCAUGCAUCGCUUCCACACCGAGACGGAGAAGGAGGAGCAGCGUCGAAUCGAGCGAGUCGCGAAAGAGCGUCUGAAUGCGCUGCGUGCAGACGACGAGGAGGCCUACCUCAAGCUCAUCGACACGGCCAAGGACACUCGUAUCACGCACUUGAUCCGUCAGACAGACGCCUACCUGAGCGGGUUGGCGCAGAGCAUCCAGGCCCAACAGAACGAUGCCGUGCACGCCGACGCCAUUGCAGCAGAGCGCGCAGGUAACGCCGCAGCCCACGCCGAGGAAAUGGCACGCCAGCAGGCCAACCAGGAGAUUGGCGGCGUCGUCGACGAGACCAUGUUCGGAGCACAGAAGCAGGAAGACGAGGAGGAGGGCGACUCGCGCAGCAACAAGACCGACUACUACUCCGUCGCGCAUCGCAUCACCGAGCGCAUCACCGAGCAGCCCACUAUCUUGGUCGGCGGCAAGCUCAAGGAGUACCAGAUCAAGGGUCUCCAAUGGAUGGUCUCCCUCUACAACAAUCGCCUCAACGGUAUCCUCGCCGAUGAAAUGGGGCUGGGCAAGACCAUUCAGACCAUCUCGCUCAUCACGUUCCUCAUCGAGCACAAGCGUCAAAACGGCCCAUUCCUCGUCAUUGUGCCGCUCUCUACCCUCACCAACUGGGUCAACGAGUUCAACAAGUGGGCCCCGAGCGUUAAUGUCGUGACGUACAAGGGCACACCCAAUGUGCGCAAAGCCGCGGCGGGCCGCAUCCGCCAAGGCGACUUCCAAGUCCUCCUCACCACGUACGAGUACAUCAUCAAGGACAAGAACCUGCUGGGCAAGAUUCGAUGGGUGCACAUGAUCAUCGACGAGGGACACCGUAUGAAGAAUACCCAGUCCAAGCUCACCCUGACGCUCACGCAGUUCUACACGAGCAGAUAUCGCCUUUUGCUCACGGGAACGCCGCUGCAGAACAACCUGCCUGAGCUGUGGGCGCUGCUCAAUUUCGUACUCCCGCGCAUCUUCAACUCCGUCAAGUCCUUUGACGAAUGGUUCAACUCGCCGUUUGCGCAGGCUGGUGCGGGCGAUAACAGCAUGCAGCUCAACGAAGAAGAGGCACUGCUCAUCAUCAAGCGUCUGCACAAGGUCCUGCGUCCCUUCUUGCUUCGACGCCUCAAGAAGGACGUCGAGUCCGAGCUGCCCGACAAGGUCGAAAAGGUCAUCAAGUGCAAGAUGUCUGCCCUCCAGGUCAAGCUGUACCAGCAGAUGAAGAAGCACAAAAUGAUCAUCAGCGGGGACGACAGCAUCGCGAGUGCGAAGAAGGGCAAGCCGCAGGGCAUUCGCGGAUUGCAAAACGCCAUCAUGCAGCUGCGCAAGAUCUGCAACCACCCGUACGUCUUCGAGCAGGUCGAGGUGACGAUGAACCCGACAAAGGGCAACGGCCCAGAUCUCUACCGCGUUGCCGGCAAGUUCGAGCUGCUGGACCGCCUGCUCCCCAAGCUCAAGGCUACGGGUCACCGCGUCUUGAUCUUCUUCCAGAUGACGGCCAUCAUGGACAUCAUGGAAGAUUUCCUCCGCUUCCGCAACCACACGUACCUGCGACUGGAUGGUAAUACCAAGCCCGACGACCGAUCGCGCUUGCUCUACGAGUUCAACCGGCCAGACAGCCCCUACUUCGUCUUCAUCUUGUCGACUCGUGCGGGUGGUCUCGGUUUGAACCUGCAGACCGCCGACACUGUCAUCAUCUACGACUCCGACUGGAACCCGCACCAGGACUUACAGGCUCAGGACCGCGCCCACCGCAUCGGACAAAAGAUGGAGGUGCGCAUUCUGCGAUUGGUGACAGAGAAGUCAGUCGAGGAGCAGAUCUUGGCCCGCGCGCAGUACAAGCUCGAAAUCGACGGCAAGGUCAUCCAGGCGGGAAAGUUCGACAAUCAGGCCACUGCGGAAGAGCGCGAAGACCUGCUGCGUGCCAUGCUCGAGGACGACAAUGACGACGAAGGCGAAGAAGAGGGUGACCUCAAUGACGAAGAGCUCAACGAGAUCCUCGCCCGUGGCGAUCACGAGCGCGUACGCUUCCGCGAGAUUGAUGCAGAGCGAGAGAAGAUGGAGGCGGCCGAAUGGAAAGCGCUCGGCAACAAGGGCAAGGUGCCCGACCGUCUCGUGAGCGAGCAGGAGCUCCCCUCCCUCUAUCAACGCGACUUUGACGCAGAGAUGAUCGAGGCGAGCGUGGCGGACGACGAGCCUGCGGUGCGCAAGCGCAACGUGGUACACUACGAUGAUGGGCUGACGGAGGAUCAGUUCCUACGCGCUUUGGAGGAUGAGGACGUCGAUCUGGCGGACGUGGUUGAGAAGAAGCGCGAGCGAGCGGAGAAGCGUAGGGCUAAGCAGGCCAUGCAGGGUGAGAGUGUGGAUGCCUCGCCUGAGCCGGCCAGCACGCCACAGCCGAAGGGCAAGGGAGGCAAGAAGGGCGGCAAGCGUGGUAGGCCCGCAGCGAUCCAGGAUGAUGAGGACGACGACGACGAUGACGACGGAGCGGGGUCGGCGCGUAAGAGAAAGCGUGGCAAUGCUCUCUCCCCCGCUGCGUCCGUGGACAGCAGCCAAGACGCUCGUGCAGGUGGCAAGCGACGCAAGGCCGGCGACGACCCGGUUCGCCAGCACAUUUCUGCGGUACUCCUUCAGUGCUACCGAGCUGCAGACGGGAGCGUGGCGCCUGAGGACGGGCACAAGAGGUCGCGCCUCUUCCAGGACAUUCCCAAGAAGAGUGACUACCCCGACUACCAUGUCAUCAUUCAGCGGCCCAUCGCCCUACGCCAAAUCAAGCGCCGCAUCGAUGCCAAGUCCUACAAGACCGUGUCCGAGUGCCGCGACGACUUCCACUUGAUGGUGCGCAACGCCAAGCUCUACAAUCAAGAAGGGUCUUACGUGUACGUCGAUGCUACGGAGCUGCAGCGCGCUUUCGAUGCGACGUACGAGCAGCUCGUGCCGGGCAGUGGGUUGCCCGGCGCAGAGGACCCUUUGCCUGACAUUCCAGUCUCGGCUGCGGGGCCGAGUGGUACGAGUGGCGCGAUUGGCACUCUGCUGCCUACGUCGGAGGGCGGUGCAAAUGGGCAUGCGGGCGGAGAUGAUGAGCAGGAGGAGGAUGGGGAGGACGGCGGUCACGAUGACGAGAACCGCGGCGCAUCUGCUGCUCCCUCUGGCAGUCGCCCUGGCACGUCGAGCGGCAUGAAAAUCAAGCUGAAGCGCCGCAACGAGACGAUGGAGGAGGACUAG